AUGACACUGACUACAGACAAGGUGUACGAUGGGAUGGACAUCAUUGACCUUCUGCUCAAAAACACAGGUGAAUCCACCAGUUGCCACAGCAACCAAACGUGGACCAGCUCAACUAAUGAUACACUGAGCACUAAACGAAGCAAUCCUGAUGAUUUCUUGGAGUUCCUGCUGCAUGGGAGCGACUCAUCCUCUGUGCCAGCAUCACCCCUGUGGUCUCCCUGCACCAGUGACAGUGGCAUCAACGAGGACCCCCUGACAGAUCCCACAAACAGCCCUCACACAGCCUCCUGCACAGCCUUCACUCCCUGUGACAUUCAGGCUUUCACGCAGUCUUCAUGUCUCGUGAAUCAGACAGUGGCAAAUGAAAAAAAGCCAGAUGUCGUCAUCGAUCUCGGCUGUGAGUCUGGCAGCUUAGAUGAGGAUAUCGGAAUUUCAUACUACCUCACCACAAACCAAAAUCCUCUGCAACCACCCAGCCAUUCUCUCACCGUGAAGGACCUGCUGUUAUCCAACCUGGGAGACAAAGCGCAGCGAAUCCCCCAGCAUUCCUUGCGGGAGCUUGUACUUAAUGAGGAUGAGAAGAAGCUUCUGGCUAAAGAAGGGGUAAACUUGCCCAGCAGGCUGCCUCUGUCCAAGUUUGAAGAGAGAGUUUUGAAAAAGAUCCGGCGGAAAAUCCGCAACAAGCGCUCAGCUCAGGAAAGUCGGAAGAAGAAAAGGGAAUAUGUUGAUAGCCUGGAAGAAAGGAUGUCUGCAUGUGGUGCUCACAACCUCGAGUUGCAGAGAAAGAUCCAGCAGCUGGAGGAGACCAACAAUGCUCUGCUGGAGCAGCUAAGCCAGCUACAGGCUCUCCUUCCUAAUGGCCCCAGCAAAACAAGACAGAAAGCAACCUGCAUCCUGGUCUUGCUCCUCUCCUUCUCUCUGCUGAUUUCUUCAAAUCUUCGACCAGACCCUUACAGCCGGCUCAGUCAGGCAGACUAUGCAGAGACCAAAGUGCCGUCCCGCUCCCUGCAGUCGAUGGAUGAUGCCCGAGACAUCCCUCCUCCUCCUCCACCUCCUCCUCUUCCUCUUCCUCUCCUCUGCGUUACCAGGGGCUUUGAAGCCCUGCGCAAUCUGACAGAGAAGAUUAGGCCCUGGACAGAUCUCCCCAAAGCAGACGUCCCCUUCUCUCGCCAUCAAGAUCACAGGCACAAGGACCUUCACUGAUUUAUUCUA